GGGCUUGGUGUCACCAAGCAGUCAUAUGAUUAAGUGAUCAGGACAACUACUUUCCACUGUGUGAGCAAUGCAGUUCUUUUGAAUUGAUUAAUAAAAUGCAGUUUUCAGCUUCUGUCAAUAUCUAGAAGCCAUGCAUUCCAAAAAGGGGGUAGGCGGACAACAAGAGGCACAAGGUCAUGUAAGUCGUCCGAUGACCUUUGACCCAUGCAGGAUACAAACCUGUGCACGUCAUGCUGUACAUUGAUGAUACCACCAGGGACACAGAACCAGGAUUAGUUUUCUGCCUGCCUGAUCCAGUCAUUAACAUUUGCCCCACUGAUGGCAUUUUACGCGGCCCAGUGAAAUCUGCCAAGCUGGACGCCACAGCUUUGAGUGAACAAGCCUCAGCUGCCAGGCUGUCUGCUUCAGGGUCAAGUGGUUCCCCAGUCCCCGCCUGUGAUACAGGCACCAGUGAAGAGUACUAUGUGAGUGAGGCAUUUGAUUCAGAAGAUGCUUUCAGCAGCGGAGAGCACAGAGAUGCCUGCACUAUUACUGAUGUGUGCAAUAGUACAGAUCUUCCAGAAGUCGAAAUCAUCAGUCUGCUGGAAGAAAAACUGCCUCAUUACACACUGAGAGCUGAUACAAUUUAUGGUUAUGAUCACGACGACUGGCUUCACACCCCUCUUAUUUCUCCCGAUACUAAUAUCGAUCUCACCAAUGAACAAAUCGAGGAGACACUAAAGUAUAUGCUUCUAUGUGCUGACAGAGUGGGCCAGAUGACUAAAACGUACAGUGAUAUAGAUGCUGUCACACGUCUGUUGGAAGAGAAAGAGCGUGAUUUAGAGUUAGCUGCACGGAUUGGUCAGUCUCUGCUGAAGAAGAACAAGACACUCACAGAAAGAAAUGAGUACCUUGAAGAAAAAGUGGAACAUGCCAGGGAGGAGGUUGCCCAGCUACGCCAUGACCUCUCUAUGAAAGAUGAGUUGCUUCAGUUUUAUACCAAUGCUGCAGAGGAAAGCGAGACUGACUCGACCUCCUCCACACCGCUGAGAUUGAAUGAGCCUACCUCAUCUGUACAGAAUUAUUUCCAUUUGGAUUCUCUUCAAAGGAAGUUGAAGGACCUUGAAGAGGAGAACGUUGUUUUAAGAACAGAGGCAUGUCACUUGGAGACUGAAACCAUUACUUUUGAAGAGAAGGAGCAGCAACUUGUUAACGACUGUGUGAAGGAGCUAAGAAAUGCAAAUAUUCAACUAGUUAACCUGUCAGACGAAUUGUCAAAGAAAACAGAAGACACUGCUCGACAACAAGAAGAAAUAACACAUCUUCUAUCGCAGAUAGUUGACCUACAGAAAAAAGCCAAAGCUUAUGCAGUAGAAAAUGAAGAACUUACUCAACAUUUGAGUGCAGCUAAAGAUGCCCAAAGGCAGCUCACCGCUGAGUUACGAGAGCUGGAGGACAAGUACGCAGAAUGUAUGGAAAUGCUACAUGAAGCACAGGAAGAAGUCAAGAACCUGCGCAACAAAACCAUGCCAAACAGCACACCACGGCGCUACCACUCCCUGGGCCUCUUCCCUUUGGACUCUUUGGCAGCGGAAAUUGAAGGGUCAAUGCGUAAAGAGCUGCAGAUGGACAACUCACCGGCCCACGAGCAGAAACGACAGCAUAAGAAAGUGUUUGAGACUGUACGCACAGUGAACCAGGCUGUGAAGCAGAGAUCGCAGGCCCCAUCACCCAUGAAUAUCCCUGGAUCCAAUCAGUCCUCCGGCUUGAACUCUUGUUUCUCAAGCUGUAUCAGCACUCCUCGCUCCAGCUUUUAUGGCAGUGAUAUCUCCAACAUCGUCAUAGACAACAAGACCAACAGCAUCAUUUUAGAAACCGAAUCCUCUGACACUGGAAAUGAGGACAAGGAUAAGAAGCUGGGGCAGCCUGGAACCCCUGGCUCCAGGGAUCUGCAGGCAGCUCUCCGGCGGCUGUCACUCCGGCGGGACAACUAUCUCUGUGAAAGGAAGUUUUUUGAGGAUGAAAGGGAGAGAAAGCUGCAUGGACUUUCAAGUGGCUCCACUACACCCACGGAAAGCAUCAUGUCACUGGGGACAAACCUCUCGGGAAUCUCGGACUUUACGGGGUUUUCAGGAAUGUCGUUCAGCAGUCGUUCCUACCUGCCAGAGAAAUUGCAGAUCGUGAAGCCCUUGGAAGGUUCAGCAACUCUGCACCACUGGCAGCAGCUGGCCCAGCCAAACUUGGGAGGAAUUCUUGACCCACGACCUGGUGUUGUCACUAAGGGCUUCAGGCCAUUGGAGUUGGAUGUUGAGGAGGUGUACCACUUAGCGGACUACGAGGAAGAUGAGCCGGGUACUUCUUUUCGGGGCUUAUCUACCUCGUCGCCGAUUCAGCACAGGGAGACCUCAGGUGAGAGGUCGAAUGCACAAGUGCCUGUAUCACAAAGCCAGACUUUACUCAGCCAGUGUCAACCAGUCAGAGUGGAGACCCAGGAGUCAACGGAUGCUGAACAGGCUUCUGUUCACUAUCCUGGUAAAUGUAUGUCACACACCAGCGCUACCUUUACCUUUACAACCUGCCGCAUCCUUCACCCCUCUGAUGAGCUCACAAGACUCACUCCAAGCCUUAACUCUACACCGGCCAUUGCUAGUGGAAACCUGAACACUCUACGAUCCACCCCCGUUGGUACUCCGUGCACGCCUCGUCGCUUGAGCCUGGCUGAAUCCUUCACUAACCUACGAGAAGCCACUACGACAAUGAGCACUUCUCUGGGCCUGGUCAGACUACUGAAGGAGCAGGGGAUUUCAGCUGCCGUGUACAACCCAUACAGCUGGGACAGAAUGAGUAGCUUUGGUGCCAAUCCAUAUAGCCUCAAAUCGGCCAUCGUCCCGUCCACUCCUCCUAACUCGCCGUUGCAUUCGCUGUGCCCAUCGCCACCUCCGUUUGAAUUCAAAGGUGCUAGCAGUCAUCACUAUGACAACUUUCUGGCAUCCAAACCAGCCCGAUCUAUACUGAAGGAGAUCAGGGGAGACAAGCGGGUCAGACACAGUGAAUGCCAGACUGAUGUGAGCAUCUCCAGAAUCAACCUUGUUGACAAGGUGAAGAGGCUCGGCAUUGCCAAAGUCAUCCGUCCGGGGGCCGCAAUCCCACCCGGACCGUUGCUGGUGGACGAAAGAGGACCCUUUCUCCAAAGGGCCCAAGGGCCGGUGAGAGCUUUUACCCAUGGGACCCUUGUGGGCGAGAGCCAUACUUUAGAGUGUCCCCAGAUGGUCCCAAGUGCCAUUGGAGGGAUUCAGCUGAACAGUGGCAUUCGACGUAAUCGCAGCUUUCCCACUAUGGUGGGGGCCAGCAUGCAGAUGAAGGGACCUGCAACACUGAGUUCAGGAAUCCUCAUGGGGGCAAACUUACCCAAACAGACUAGUCUCCGAUGAAGGAUCAAUGCAAUGAUGAUCAACUAUCCACAAGCUCAUUCUCAGUGUUUGAUACAUUGACUCAGUGCCUGAUAGGAGUAGAACAGAAUUUGUAUAAUAUGUACAUAGAUCUACUGUCCUUAAUGUAUUGUAAGUAACUAAUUUAAUUUAAGGUCCUAGCUGUUCUCUCCCUUUUUCUCUCUAUAUAUAUAAUAUAUAUAUUUAAGGAGGUACUCUCCAGUGGUUGAAAAACAUGCGCUCACAUUGAUGUGGAUGUUCCUAGAAUAACUUUUUAAUUAAGGUUGGUGGAUUGAAGUUUGCUCCGUCUAACAUGACUAUGAUCAUUUGAGUACAAAGUACAAUCCGAGACCUGUACUGUUUUGUACUAACAGUAUGCAGUUCAUAUCAUUCUGAGGACCGGGCGUCUGAUAUGGAUCUGCAUAGAGUUACAAAGGGAAUCAUUUUAAGUAAUAAUCUUGCACUGUAUUUUAAAAAGUGAGAAUGUGUUUCAAUUAAGCAGUAUCAUUUUUAAAGUAUGUUUUGCUGUUAACCUUUAAAAUGUUGUUUUGACGACGACAUUUGUCCUUACUGACCUCCUUGUUGAAGGAUGAUGACAACCACUCUAGCCUGUAGAUAAAUGCAAUGGAGUAAGACUUGUAUUAGUAAAUAUUAUAUGCAGUGUUUGCGUCACAUGUACGUUUACUUGAAUUAAUACGUGGUGGGGUGGGAGCGCGAUAUUAAAAAAAUCACAUUGAAGCACCAUUAGUGGUACCUAAACCAUUUAUUUUGAACUGUUCACAUGUGGCAGGCUUCGGGUUCGUUGGAAUCUGAUUUUAAAACUUUGUCAAGACUGAAGUGACUUAUUGUGUUAUGUACAUUUAUUCUAGAUAUUUUGUUGGGCAGCACAUAGGUUGACUGCAUGUGUUUCAAAUGCAUUCUGAUUCAUUUGUGUUGCAUAAGGUUUUUGGUAAAUAGUUUUUUUUUCCUUUUUAGGCUACGCUGCCUGUGUAUAUUGUUUGCUGAAUUUCCAGGAUUUUUUUUUGACGGGGGUGGGAAGCGUUAAAGAAAAAUCUUUUGAAUGUAUAAUAUAACAGAUAACAGGUAGUGUGACCAGGACUCUUUAUUAUAGGUUUUGUUUGGUUGAUCAGUCUACUGAAGAAAUGGAACUGCCAACAUAUGCAAUGAAGAGGAAGCUUCACAAAUCAGGGUUCACACAUGGACACAUUAACACUUGAAACAAUUGGGUUCUGAUGUAUUGAAAAGUUAUAGCAUCAUCUGUUUGGCUACUGAUAAAUUGGAAUAAAUUGAUGUCAACUGCUAAA